UGUUGUAAAGAACCGCUAGAAUGCCUGACCCACCGAAGUCUGCUCCGGCGCCAAAGAAAGGCUCUAAGAAAGCGGUGAUCAAGACCCAGAAGAAGGAUGGGAAGAAGCGUAGAAAGAGCAGGAAGGAGAGUUACGCCAUUUACGUCUACAAGGUGCUGAAGCAGGUGCACCCUGAUACCGGCAUCUCUUCCAAGGCUAUGGGUAUCAUGAACUCCUUUGUCAAUGACAUCUUUGAGCGCAUUGCGGGGGAAGCUUCCCGCCUGGCUCACUACAACAAGCGCUCCACCAUCACCUCCCGGGAGAUCCAGACCGCAGUACGUCUGCUGCUGCCGGGAGAGCUGGCCAAGCACGCCGUGUCCGAGGGCACCAAGGCCGUCACCAAGUACACCAGCGCCAAGUAGUUUCCAUUCCUUCUCCGAUCCAUCAACACAAAGGCUCUUUUAAGAGCCACCCACCUCCUCUCUAAUCGGGCUAUGACUAUGAUGGUUUGUGCGGUGUCUACUUGGCUGGAUCACAGUACCCCAGGGGCUAUAUAGACUGAGUCUUGCAGUUUAUAAUUGUUGUUCCUACAGAACCGGUUUCUCUAUAUUCCUUACAUUAGAAAAGUUCCUUGUAGGUGCUGACAGAAAACAGCCAUACUCUGCCCGUGUAGUUGUAGAACUGGAAAAUUAUUUGCUCUGAUUAAAAUGUUACAAAGUCUCUUUUUACACUAACAAUUUGUGCCAGUAUUAUGAUCACUCUGCAUCUCGGAUACACACAGUUGGAGAUAAUUACUGCAAGACGACCUGUGUCAGCAUAUUCCAAUAAUUGCAGAAAUAGCACCAGGGCGCAAACUCCGGCGUUACUGCGGUUCUAUUGUUCCCAGUCAGUUUCAUGAGAACAGGAUCCAUUUAGAUGUAUCAAUGUGUUUAGUGAUGACACCACGUGAUUCCUGUGUAGGCACACCUGCUCUGAGUGCUCCUUAUACUGGAAUAACAGUAACACCGCUUCCAGGGUUAUUUGUGCAGCAGUGACCUGGAUAGAGACUCGGCUGAGUAUAGUAGCUGCAGCGCUCAGGCUUAUAUUGAGCUGGCCCCAUAUACAAUACCACAUGCAGAUAAAUGGCGCAUUAUACAGUGAUAUAAAAGGGACCAACAGCUGUAAUGCCGGAGCGCUUAUCAAUGCGGAGCUUUAACCAGAAUAACCAAACCCAGGCGCCAGGAAUACUGCUAGCCGUCACAUAGGGCCCAGGCACAAGCGGCAAU